AUGUCGACACCGAUGGCGCCCGCCUCGCGGAGGCCGAAACUCUCCCUCAGCAUCAAGCCUACCACAGGCCCCAAGCCGAGAUCGUCCAAGACGCUCACCGUCGUGGAUCCCAAGUCUCCAACGGCCUUCAACACACUGUCCAAUGUCUAUGUCACCGCCAUCGAGCGCUCGACUCCCGUCACUGCCAUCAACACUCAUCAGACACCCCAGCUCCACAUUCACACCGGCAUGAGUGACCUCAAGGGUCACCAGCGACGUAUCCAAACCCCGUAUGCUGCUUCCUAUCCCGAGACACCCCUGACGGCGAAUCCCUCUUCGCCAUCUGCCAUGGAGGCCUUCUUCCCCAGCAUCAUGACGGCGACGCCCCCGCUAUCGGCUGGGCCCGUCGAGCCCACUGACCCCAAGGUCUUCACCUUUGGAACGACAGAGGCGCCGAGUCUCUCCAUCAUCUCAAUCACCACACAGAUCGAGCCGCGGACGCCCCGGAGGCGAGCCACGCUCUCCGGCUCAUCCGCACCAUGGCUCAAGCCUCCUUACUCGCACCCUCGGUCCCUUCACAGCAUUCUCCGAAACUCACCAUUGCCACCUCCCACGGCACAAACCCCAAUGUCGCCUAGGCGGCAGUCUCUUCGGCUCCAAGAGAAAGCUGCUCGCCGUGUGGCCUACAACAGCCCCAUUGAACAGACCAUUAUCACGAACAAGUACACCAAGUCGCACAUUGACCUGCUCAUCGAUGACAUUUCGCCUCGGUCCCCCGCCCUCCCCGGCCAGGAUCCAGACACGGUUCUCGACCUUGCCCUCGCCUUCACAAGCGACGAGACGCGCGACGGAGGCCAGACGCCAGGACCUUUUGAGGAGAUGCGCCGGCGCAUGGCCGGACUCGUAGCCACAACACCGACAGCACUGUCGCCGUCUGGACCUGGAGGUGUCCGUAAGCGGAGAAAGAAGGAGAAAAAACGGCGAUGGGUGUGGACGAUAGGGCAGGGCGAGGACGGCGACGAGGAAGUGGGCGGUGCCAUGGCGGCAAUGAGGGCCGUGGAGGCCAAGGCCGCCUCGGAGCCGCCGCCGCCGAUCACGAUACCGUCGCGGGGGGUGCAGUGUCUGAUGGAGGAUCUGCCGACGCCCAGCGUGGAGACAUUUGAUGAGUGCGAGGACGUCGAGAUGGCCGACUCGAGCAGUGCCGUGUCAGACAGUCGAGGCGUGACACCCGGUGAUGGAGAUCUGGACCUGAAGACGCCGACGUUGACGAGAAAGGGUGGCGAGGGGGUGGUAGCCAGGAGGAGCGUCGACCGGCUCGGGUCGGUGGACCUGUUCAACCCAGAGACAGGCAGCCGGAGGGAUACGCCGGUGCCGCCGGACAUGAUGGUCACAUGA